AAAAAGGGGAGGCGAUUUUUUUUUCUUUCUCCCAAACUUCCGUCAUCCUACCGUACUUACGCCAUAGUCAUCCCGCGGCAAAGCAAGGUACCUUCGGGUGGCGCUGCAUCAACUGUAUCAGGUUCAACUUGCCACGAAACCCUUCAGCUUUUCAACUUGUGAUACUCGGGAAAGGGCUGGAUUAAUCUCAUUGAUUUAUUCUUGUUCUGCCUUUCAACUAAAAUGGGGAGAAAACCAACAUUUUCAAACCCGGGGAACCCCCCGCUCACUGAUAUCACCACGUCUCUGCCCAGACGAACCUCUGCGAGAUUGGCUCGAACAUCGUUGACAUCUUCCGUCAAGAACCUGGAUAAUACUCAAGGGGAUGCGGGGGUUGGUAGAGAUUUGAGACCAACGGGCAAGGCUGGGUGUCCCCGUGGGACGACCCUCGAAGUUGCAAUCCCUGUGAAGAAGCCUCCGCCCUCUUCUCCUUCGGCAUCGUCCGUCCCAGCCGAAGAUGAAUUAGCAGAUGAGACUCAUGCUUACAGUACUCCGGGAACCAGCAUUGCUGUUACUCCCGUCGAAUCAGAUGUAAGCAGGCCGAGCAAAAGAAUCAAUGCUUCCGUGCGAGCCCGGGAACUACGAUCAAGCACCAUGUCUUUGUACGCAACACGACCACUCAAGAGAUCGUCUGCGGCACUGUCAGCACGCUUUGGUACUCCCGAGGACUCCGACGCAGCUUUGGCCCGAGCUCUACAAGCCCAAGAGUACGAAGAACCACCCUUUAAACUACGAAAAGCUUUGAGUCAUGCUUCUGUCGCAGCAGCAGAGGACUCCAUUGGUCUUAAGCGCGAUUUGGCUGCACUUGAAUCUGAUUACGAUACAGAUGAAGAUGAAAGUGAGCAAAGGCUUCCCCAAUUAAUGGCACCACAGCGCCGAGUCCGAAGGUCUCUUCGAUCAGCGAACAAGAGUACCGCCCUUUAUCAAGCCCCUCACGAUGUACUUGAAGGUGGUCUAGAUGACGAGUAUGAAAGCGACGCUAAAUUCACCAAUUCUACGAGUUCCUCGAGUGAAGAAGAUAAACCUUUAAUACGACAGAAUAUUCCAACCGUAAGGAUGGUUCAAAAUUCUAGAGCCCGUGCUGGGAAUUCAAGAAUUUCACGCAGAGCAACUACAGUCGUUCACCCAGUGCCAGAUGAGAUCGGGAUGAGCAAUCGGGCCUUGAGAGAAAGAAGAAAACUCGAAAAGCAACAUCCAUACAUUACAAAAAUGUGGGAUGAUUUGAGAAAUACGCCUCCUGUCCAACCGGUAAUGGCAGAACAGCCCUCGGGGAUAUCAAGAACGCUCAAGCCAUUCCAGCUUGAAGGUCUGAACUGGAUGAUGCAACAAGAAAAGACACAGUACAAAGGAGGAUUGUUGGGCGACGAGAUGGGCAUGGGCAAAACCAUCCAAGCAGUCUCACUGCUCAUGUCUGAUUACCCUGUUCACAGGCCGUCCCUUGUUGUUGUUCCCCCAGUUGCACUAAUGCAAUGGCAAUCGGAGAUCAAGGAAUACACAAGCGGUCAGUUAAAGGUUCUUGUCCAUCAUAAUUCAAACCCCAGGGUCAAAACACUCUCAAGGGAAGAUCUUCAGGCUUAUGAUGUGAUAAUGAUAUCUUAUUCUGGCCUUGAAUCCAUACAUCGCAAAGAAUGGAAGGGGUGGAAUCGUAGUGAUGGGAUUGUGAAGGAAGACAGUGUUAUCCACUCAAUUCAGUUUCAUCGAUUGAUCCUGGACGAGGCGCAUAGCAUUAAGCAACGUACAACUAGCGUUGCCCGUGCAUGCUUUGCCCUGAAAGCUAACUAUAAAUGGUGUCUCUCUGGUACACCGGUUCAGAACCGGAUUGGAGAGUUUUUUUCCCUUCUUCGCUUCCUGGAAGUCCGUCCUUUUGCCUGUUACUUCUGCAAACAGUGCAAAUGCCAGCAGCUGCAUUGGUCCCAAGACGCAGAGAAACGAUGCACUGAAUGCAGACAUAGUGGAUUCAGCCACGUCUCAGUCUUCAACCAGGAAAUAUUGAAUCCCAUCACCGAGAGGGAUAAUGCUCAUGCCCGAAAGGAGGCACUGUCAAAGUUGCGCCUCAUAACUGAUAGAAUCAUGCUCAGGCGAGUAAAGCGAGACCAUACAGCUUCGAUGGAGCUCCCACCAAAACGUGUGAUUCUUAAAAAUGAGUUCUUCGGGGAGAUCGAGCGGGAUUUCUCUCGGAGUAUCAUGACUAACUCUUCGAGGCAAUUUGAUACCUACGUGAGCCGCGGCGUCAUGCUGAACAAUUAUGCUAAUAUCUUCGGGCUUAUCAUGCAAAUGCGCCAAGUGGCAAAUCACCCAGAUCUUAUUUUGAAGAAGCACGCAGAGACUGGGCAAAAUGUUCUUGUCUGCAGCAUCUGUGACGAACCUGCAGAAGAAGCAAUUCGCUCCCGUUGCCACCAUGAGUUUUGCCGCAGGUGUGCCAAGGACUAUGUUCAGUCGUUUGAUGCAAACUCCAUUAUCGAUUGCCCUCGGUGUCAUAUUCCUCUGUCGAUAGAUUUCGAACAGCCCGAUAUCGAGCAAGAGGAAGAACACAUCAAGAAAAAUUCCAUAAUCAAUCGGAUCCGAAUGGAGGAAUGGACAUCAUCGACAAAGAUCGAGAUGCUCAUUUAUGAACUAUACAAACUGAGAAGCAAAAAGCAAACGCUGAAGUCUAUUGUUUUCUCUCAGUUCACUUCAAUGUUGCAGCUUGUGGAAUGGCGUCUGCGUCGGGCUGGUUUCAACACCGUCAUGCUAGAUGGCACAAUGACGCCCGCGCAGCGUCAAAAGUCCAUCGAAUAUUUCAUGAACAAUGUGGAUGUUGAAGUCUUUUUGGUGUCUCUCAAAGCCGGUGGUGUGGCUUUGAACCUAACAGAGGCAUCGAGGGUUUUCAUAGUUGACCCAUGGUGGAACCCGGCUGCUGAAUGGCAAAGUGCUGAUCGAUGCCAUCGAAUCGGCCAACGUCGGCCCUGCGUUAUUACCCGACUCUGCAUUGAGGAUUCGGUGGAGUCUCGCAUUGUGAUGUUGCAAGAGAAGAAGGCCAACAUGAUCAAUGGGACCAUCAACAAGGAUCAAGGAGAAGCUCUAGAGAAGCUCACCCCGGAAGAUAUGCAGUUCUUGUUCAGGGGAUCUUGAUGGGACGAUUAAGGGAUGGCGGGAGAGGAGGGGGAGGAGGGGGAGGAGGGCGAGGAAGGGGGAUUCAACUGCAGAUACCAUCCUGCAACUUGCUAGAAAAAGGCCGUUUGAUGGCUUCCGCAGGUAGCAUCUAAAUGGUGGAUAGCGAAGCCACGGGCGGAGAUAAUAGAAUGGCCAAGAUUCGACAUACGUUGGUCAGCUAAAUCACUUUUGGGAGCCAACCAAACAAACUGUCGCCUUCUAGUGUAGCAGUCCUCGGUACGGGGUAAGAGGCUCUAGAUAUGCUCUUUGAAGUGUAUAGGGUACCUGGUAGGC